UAGUUUUAUGCCAAUGGCGUUGGCGUUGUGAAUGUGGAGUGAAAUUCUAAUCACAAUAACACAAAAUUGACGUAUAUGAGUAGAAAUUCGCUGCAUUAGUAGGUCUUAUGUUUGCAUAUUAUGGCUGAAAAUCGAGAAGUGAUUCUAGCCGACUUUCAGGCAUGUACUGGAAUUGAUGAUGUUGGGGAAGCCAUUUUACACUUGGAUGAAACCAAUUGGGAUUUGCUGGCGGCAAUUAAUAGAGUUAUGCCAGAAGAUUCACAGCAGCUUCCGUCAGAAAUGGGACCAGACGUAGAAAUGAUACAGGAAAUUCGUAGGACUCCAGAAAUCAUAGACAUUGUCACGAUAUCAAGUAAUUCAAGUCCACCGAGAACAAGUGCACCAGAAAUCAUUCGAGCUGGUACAAGUAAAACAAGAAGCAAUACGUCAAAAGUGACUUUUCAUGUACACUACAUGGAAGCAGUCCUUGACAUUACUUUACCAGUAUCACACUCUGUUGCAUACUUGAAACACAUGAUUCGUAUACAAGCAGGCAUUGCACCUUGCCAGCAGCAGCUACAUGGCUGGAAAAAAGAGCCACAAUCUGAUUCUACAAUUCUCGAAACACUGGAUUUAUUACCCGAAAUGACAUUAUACUUGAGACAGAUUACAGAAAUUGGUGAUUCGGCAAGUGAUGUUAUCAAAACAUCCGACCGAUUGGCCCAAGAAUAUGUACUGAAUAUUCAUGACGAAGUACACAACCGUGGUUAUAAAUUGAAAUUCCCAGGAACACGUACAGUUCUGGAAGUGAAAACUGACGUUUUCACACUCACAGACAUCCCUGUACGAAAUCAACAUUGGAUUGGCUGGCCGCCUACGUUGAAGAAUGAUAAAACAAUGUUAGCUCAAAGUGGAAUUUCAUAUCCGGAGCAUGAUCUUACGAUUGGAAAAUUACCUGUGAAGGAAAAUGAGACGGUUGUUGUAGACACUAUAGAUAGCGAUAGUUCUGUUGAAGAAUUCGAAGACGCUUCUGAAACAUUCAACAUUGAAGAUGAUCUUUUCAUAGACAACGUUCAAUCUAUGAAAAUUCAUCAUCUCAUGCCUGAUAAUGUGGAAGACGAAACCAUAGGUACUCUUCAAUUUGCUGAACAAUUUCAAAAACGAUAUGGCGCUGCCCAUCCUGACUUCUUUGCUGGUACAUUUGAAGAAGCCAUAAAGGAAUCAUGUCUCAGACCAGCAAAAGAGAGGAAAUUACUGGCUGUUUAUUUACAUCACGACAACAGUGUUCUGGCUAAUGUGUUUUGCACACAAUUAUUAGGGUUCGAAACAGUACUACAACUUCUAUCUGCGAAUUUUAUAGUUUGGGGCUGGGAUUUCACUCACGAAUCAAAUAAACAGAAGUUUUUGUCAGCAAUUAAUCGAACACUCGGAUCAGUUGCUGCACUCACAGUGAGAAAUAUUGACGUUGACACGUUGCCAGUACUUAUGAUUAUCAUGCGGUCAAGAUCAAAUACUGAAAUAUUUACAAUUGUUCAGGGAAACAUGGGAGUCAAUGAACUUCUCACUAAUUUAAUCCAAGCUGUCGACGUUUUCCAAGAUCAGCGGAAAGCGGAUAUCGGAGUUGAAGAGGAAAGACAAGCCAGGGAGAGAGUGAAGCAUGAACAGGACUUGGCUUACCAAGAGAGUUUAGCUGCAGACAGAGCCAAAGAAAAAGCAAAACAAAUCCAAGAGUUCUUGGAAAAGCAGGCAAAAGAGCGAGCUGAGAAUGAGAGAGUUGCUGGUGAAGCUCGGAGAGAGGCUCAUAGACAAGCGGCAGAAUCAAGCUUACCUCCAGAACCUCAAGAAGGAGCAGGCGAUGGUAUUACAAAAAUACGAGUACGACUACCAGAAGGUACAUUCUUGGAGCGCAGGUUUCAAACGGACACCCCACUUCAGACACUUCUUAAUUUCCUCAUCGUUGAAGGAUAUCCUACGGACGAAUACAAAGUUAUUUCUAACUGGCCGCGAAGGGAUGUAAGUAAAAUGAUCUCACAUCAAUGGAUACGAAACUUACUCUCCUAGAAUUGAAACUAUGCCCGCAAGAAACGGUUAUCUUAGAAGAACGAUAAAAACCCCAAUUUGUAAACCAAUUCUUUAUAGAAGUUAAGCAUGGCGAUGUUUGUAAUAUGUAUUUAUUUAAUAAUUUUGAAAUAGCAAUUAGUUGAGAGAAUUAUGUGUUUAUUGCGUGAUAACAUUUUUAUGCUGUAAUAAAAUCAUUACCAAUAGUAAUGAUACCUACAACAAUAAUUAUUAUUAUAUCUUCGUAUGAUUACAUUGUAAAACAGAUGUAGUUCUAUUUUAUAAAAAGAAAUCCUUUCUACGCUGUUUUAUCGUAUUUUGUAAAUUUCCCGUUCCACAUUGCUAUUAAGAACAAUAAACCGACUAUCAAGUA